CUAUUAUUUCACGAAUUUAAUAAUAUGGAAAAAGGAUAUUAGUAGAUUCUGAUUGCCAACAUUAAUUAAAAAGCAAAAAAACUCAUCUCCAUAUCUCAUUUUCCUUUCUUCCCCAGCUUCCCCCGUUACGUUUUCCUCCAUUAAAAACCAUAGCCUCCAAAUAAAUAAAACCGACAUAAGACAAAAAUUGCCUCGAUUUUAUGUAUUUCUCAAUCCGUUAAUGGAUUAAAUGGAUACGAAGGGUCCUCCGUGCGGUGAUCAGUUUGUGUGUAAGAAAUUAGGGGAAAUUGAGGAAAAAGGAGAGGCUAUGAGCGCGUGAGAUGGAAGAAUUGCCGGGGGCUUUGGGGACAAGUGCGAGCUUGGCUCUGAGAUUAGGACAAGCCAUCUUUGCAGUUGCUUCGUUGCUCUUCAUGUGUUUGGGUGUUGAGUUCUAUAGUUAUACUGCUUUCUGCUUCUUGGUAACAAUUAUGGGCUUGGUGAUCCCAUGGAGCCUCACACUAGCGGUGGUCGACGUUUUCUCGAUUUUCGUCAAACGUCCGGCUGGUCAACGCGGGGUACUGUCGAUUGUCGUCAUAGGAGAUUGGGCUCUCUCGUUUUUGUCGUUAGCAGCAUCGUGCUCGACGGCAAGUGUGACGAGCCUUUUGCUGGUUUCGGAAGGGUUUUGUGAUGCAAAGCUAUGUACAAGAUACCAAUUGUCAUCUGCUAUGGCUUUUUUGUCAUGGUUUUUAUCGUUAGCCUCGUCGCUAUUCAAUCUCUGGCUCCUGCCUUCGGUGUAGUUCGUGUUUGUGCAGUUUCCUGCAGUUUGUUAAUUUUUUUUAGUUGCAUAAAUGUAGAAAUUGACUGGGAAAUCCCAGGGAGAUUUUGUUUUUAAAAGAGUUCCAGUUUAUACUUAUUUGUUUCUAGUGGACUCUCAAGUGUACAGUUUUAGUCACAUUGAAGUGUGAGGUUGAAGGUUUGUAAUAAACAGGGCAAACAUUACAGGCUUUU